AUGCGAAGAGGCCUCGCACGUUAUGACAGGCAGUUCGAUACUUCUGCGACCGCUGAAGACGAAUCGUGUUUCUCAUCCGAACUUGAUCUACUAAAUCCAAAAGUGACACAGUCUUGUCAUAGUUUGCGAUUUGCGUGUCGAGCAUCAAAGAACGAAGAGAACGAUCGAUUAAAUCUUCUCGAAUUAUCGUCGAGAUCAUCGUAUUGCUAUCAACAACCGGUCGUUAAUAGACAAAUCAUUGAAGCAAAAUUACUUACUAGAGAGGCCGACCAAGUUGCUACGUCGGAACGUAUCUCAAAUAUUGAAUCUUCCUUAUCACACCUUCGUUUGAGAAAACAUGAGCCGCAAGUAACUUUUGAAGAAAAGCAUUCGAGCGAGGGUGAAAGAUUUGAUAGUAAAUUCAACGAGAAACUUUGGCGCCUAAUGUAUUGUGCUGACAACAGGAAGGAAAAUAGCACGCCACGAAUCGUAAGGGUCAUUAGACAGAAUAGCAGGAGAAUCGAUCCUAAAGCAGAUCGAUCGACAACGUUCGAUCAGCCGCGAGCUGGCAAUAGUAAAAACAGCGUCGUUGUGCUUUAUCACGGAAGAUCCAGCACUCCUCCGUCCUCCUCCUCGAAAACUUUCGUGCGACUUUCGAAAUCUGAUAAAACAAUAGCAGAAACACCGCGCGUAUUGCGAUCGGAAGUAGCAAACCCCGCAUCACCUGACAAGACAAGGAUCAUAGAAACUCCGGAAAGUCUGUCUCCGAGAUAUCCGCUUCGUCGACGAAGGACUACUUCCAGAAAAUAUCAUCGUGUAUCGAGACAACAGCAUUCUUUGAAUGUAAACAUUUAUCACGCGAAUCGAGUCGAACGAAUUGUGUCACCGCUGCAACGUCAUCACUGGACUGCAUCUAAAAGGCAGAUAGAAAUAGAUCCCAACUAUAACAAAUCGAAGUGUAUAGUCGAGCAAAGUACAGAUCCUAUCAAGUUGCAAGACAAGAAAAUUAUUUAUUACACCAACGAGAACGGGACUAAUCGAAGGUCACAGAAGUGCAACGAAGAAGAGAGACUUUGGAAAAAACAAUACUCGUUGGUUGAAGCUGCUGCUUCGAAACUUAUGGACCAUCGUCCAAAACAAGUGGAAGACGUCAAAAACCAGAAGCAAUCAUUGCCUUGCUCGAAUGUAGAUUUUCCGCUGCAACAAGCACAGACGUUGUUUCCUGAGAAAACAAACGUUAAUUCUACAUUCAUCAGCGUGAACGAGAGUAACGAGGCGAAUCGCGUGUUUCCCUUUCAAGCUACACCCAGCGGUAAUCUCAAAAUCAUCCCGAAUCAGGUUGUUUUCGAGUCGAAGAAAUUUAGCGUUCUAGUUGCCGAUCCGCGACAUACGAAAGUUAAUGUUAAGACUGAGCUUAAUCGAUCCGGUGACGACGUUGUUUCCGGUUCCUCGAAUCGGACGAAAUAUAUCGAUCUUCCGCCUGGCAUCUCGCCAUCGACGAUCGAUCAGUUGCAGGCUCAGAAAAAGUUACCUUAUAUCGAAGCAAGAUACAGAUCACAAACGCAGCCAAGUGCGAAAUUUAAUUUAUCAAAAAUGGAAUCGGUACAACAAACAUCUUAUCAAUUACCUCCGAUGAACGAAGUACCACUCGCUUCGCUAGGGUUUACGAAUGAGCAACCGAUCAAUUGGGACAAUAUAAUUCUUCCAGAGAAAACCGAUUUGUAUCAGGAAUUAGCUAGACGUAUUACGAACUACAAAAAUGCCGACUGCAUUGUCCGGAUUGAUCCGGAUGAAUUUCACUGUCAUCUUCUUGUUCUGCAAAGUUACAGCACGUUUUUCGAUGAGAAAAAUUACAAGGAUAUUAACUUAUCUGGCAGCAGCGUGACUUCCAAGGCUUUUUCUGUUAUUUAUGAUUGGAUGAUAAGUCCAAUCAACGAUAGUUAUCAAUUGUUACGAAGAGAUAACAUUUUGGAAAUUUUUAUGGCCGCGCAGUAUCUUGGCAUUAAAGAGUUAGAAGAGCAAUGCUGGGCAUUCAUUGAUAAUGACGAGCUUUUCUCCGAGGAUACUGCCUUCUUGUUAUAUUUGGAAGCAAAAAAGAUCGGGAACACCGCAGUAAUGGAAUUGAUGGUGCCGAGGAUCAUGAAAUUUUUCUUGAUGCUCGUUAGCACAAAAGAUUUCUUGGAAUUGUCAGUGGAUGAAUUGUGCUUAUUAUUGAAAUCCAAUUAUAUUUGCGUUAAUAGCGAAAUAGAGGUUUUAAUGUCUGCCGUGAGAUGGUUGAUGCACGAUUGGAAUGAAAGGAAGCAAUACAUGUUGGAAGUGCUCAAGUGUGUUAGAUUUGGGCUUAUAGCUCCAUGGCAAUUGGUAGAUGUCAAAAGAAAUCCUGAAAAUCCAGAAUUUAUGGAAUUGAUGGUCUAUCCUGAAGUACAAAAAAUGGUGGACGAUGGGCUCGCGUUUGUUAUUAUAAAAUAUUGGUAUGGUAAUCAAACGGAAGAUUACUAUCAUUGGAUCGACUUACUUGGGCUCAGCGAACCGAUUAAUCGUAAUUGGGCAGGACAAGAUAAAAAUUAUGUUACCUAUCGCGAAUUUCUCUUGUAUCUCGAAGAAUAUCAAAAAACAAAUAUUUCGGAAUUAAAAACGCGAAAGACACGCACGAUACCCACCCCUCCUAAUUCUCCUCCUAAAGAUUGCUCAUUGUUAUCGUCGGAAAGAACAGGCGUAGAUUGCAAUCAAAACCAUUGUUGUGUAGAAUCGCAUCCUUUAGAACAAUAUAGUACGACACAGAUUAGAGCACCGAAAAAGUGCGUGCCAAAAGUCGCAACCUCAUCAGGCAUAAUGAUCCCACCCGAAAUCUUGACGGAAUGUUUUAGCAAUAUGGGCAGAAGUAAUAAUAUAAGAGUGAACAAAACGCAAUGCGAUGGAAAUAGAAAUAGUACACUUGUUCAAGAUUCAAGAUAUCGUGGAGCAGGUGAAUCGCCAAGAAAAUCUUUAAAUUUCUUAAAAAAUGAACAACAUAUGUACAAACAUCAUCAGCGCGAGAUUUCGAUGCCAAAGUACGAAGAUCGACAGGAGAAGAAUGUUUCGGAUGUUUAUAGUCGCAAGCAGUGGGAACAAAAUGCAAUGUUAUUAACAAAGAAACCACAAAAAUUUACGAAAAAAUUAAAAUAUACUGAGGAUCGUACGGACUCGGCCAAAUCCGAAGAAGAAGCGGCUACGAUGAUACAGGCUACGUAUAGAGGAUAUAAAGUUAGAAGAAAAUUUGACGAAAUUAAGAAAUCAUCUUCGGAGGAAAAGCAAAAUGCUCAAAAAGUGGCUGAACUGUUAUCUAUGUCGACGAGCCAAUGCGGCUGGUCACUCCAUAAAUCAUUAAAUCCAGUCAAAAUGUGUAAUAGUGUUACAAAUCAAAACAAAAAUGUACAUCAUAUCUAAACAAAAAAAUUCAGAUAUUGAUUAUGCAAUGUAACAAAUGUU